AUGGCUGACACCCCCGCAACGAAGCAAGUCGUCCUCGUUACCGGCGGCAACCAGGGCAUCGGCUUCGAAAUCGUAAAGAAGCUCGUAGCAGAACAGCCCACAUACCACGUCCUUCUCGGCUGUCGGUCUCUCCCAAAAGGCGUCGAAGCUAUUUCGAAACUCGAGAAGCUCGCGGGCUCGGUUUCUCCUGUCGAGGUUGACAUUACUUCCGAUGAGUCGAUUGCGGCGUGUGUGGCGCAGAUUGAGCGCGAGCAUGGCAAGCUGGAUGUUCUGAUCAACAAUGCUGGGAUUGGGAGGCAUGCGGUCGAGGAAUUGCCUAGCCUGAGGGCGAAGAUGGCUGCGUUGUUUGAUGUCAAUGCGUUUGGCACGCUGGUGAUGACAGACGCUGCGAUACCUCUGCUGCAAAAGGCCGCAGACCAAGGCUCAGUCCCGCGACUUGUCUUCAUCACCUCGGAGAUGGGUUCACUGGGGAACACGCUCAAUCCGUCGUGGAAGUAUUACCAGCACAACACGUCUAUACCGUACAAGUCCAGCAAAGCUGCUGCCAACAUGAUUGGAGCGUGUUAUUCGACGCUGUAUGAGAAGCAAGGGUGGAAGAUUAACUGCUGCUGCCCCGGACUCCGAAAGACGGCGUUCAAUAACCAUUUGUCGGUUGCCAUGGACGUGGAAGAGGGCGCUGUGAGGGCUGUUUACUUGGCUACGCUGGACAAGGAUGGGCCUACGGGGACAUUUACAAACAUUGACGGGACCGAACCGUGGUGA